AUGUCACCUACUGCUUGCUAUAAACAACCAAAUGUAGAAGUAAUUUUCUGGUCUUCUUCUUACUUUCUAGAAGCAAAAAAGAAAGAAAAACCAAUAGAAACAGCCAAGCUGCAAAAGAAAGCUGUGUAUGCAAACCAAACGGUAACACAUAAGAAAGAAAAGCCAAUAGAAAUAGCCAAACUGCUAAAGAAGAAUAUCCAUGGAAAAGAAUCUGAGGCAGACAAGAAAGAAAAGCCAAUUGAAAUAGCCAAGCUGUCCAAGAAGGCUGUGCAAGCAAGCAAACCUGAAACACACAAGAAGGAAAGGCCAAUAGAAAUUGCCAAGCUGCCGAAGAAGGAUAUUCAUGUAAAAGAAUCUGAACCAGAUAAGAAAGAAAAGUCAAUACAAAUAGCCAAGCCGCCUAAGAAGGAUGUGCAUAUAAAGGAAUCUGAACUGCAUAAGAAAGGAAAGCCAGUGGAAACAGCUGUUGGAGGAACUCAUAAGCCAAAAGCAUUACACGAAAAGAAAGAAGAAAGACCUAGCAAGGCAGAAGAACAAGAUAAAUCAGACUCCAAAGAAUCAAGUAAAGUGUGUCACAAGCCCGAGAAAGAAAAAUUAAUGAAGACCACAGAAACCCAAAAGAAAAAGGAUAUCUCAAAAGAAAAAGUGAAGCCUCCUAUUGCUGUCAAAGGAAAAGAGGCAGCAAAAUCAAAUGAUGCAAAGCUUCCCAUUGCUGAGAAAAAGAAAGAAAUUGACAUUAAAAAGGGGGAAAGCCCAGCUAAAACAGCCUCAAGCAUGAUAAAACAAACCAAGAAUAUUUAUCAUCCUGCCAUUACAGGCAAGGAGGCACAACAUAAACCACCAAAACAAGAGGUUCUUGGGCAUGAAAAAAGAGUUCAUCCAGCCAAACCAGGUAUUUAUUCUAAUAUCCUUACUUCACACAACCACUUGGCAAAAUGGGAAAUGGAAUUGACAAACCGAGCAGAAUAA